AUGCCCAAUGUGGACACGGGUGCCAGUUCAGUAGUGACCGUCAAGGCCAGGGAAGUGCCCUGUGGUGACCAAGAGAACAAGGAGCUCCCCUGCUGCCGGGUCCGCUGCUCCCAGAAGCCCCCCCACCGCCCGCCCCCGGCCGGCAUCGCCUCUGCUUCUGGCCUCCUCUCACCGCACCCAGUAACCGGCGCAGGUGCAGGCGUUGGGGAGCGAGAGAGGGUGGCUCGAGGCGGGAGCCAGGGGCAGCGGGAAGAAGCAGGAAGACCCGGGGGAGGGGGCCGAGGCGCGGCUGAGUCCCGGAAGCAGGACCUGAACCUGGAAGAGGAGGGGCAAGCAGCUUCCUGCUUCCUCCUCCCGCACACUGCAGAGGGAAUGGCCCCCACUGCCUCCUCCUCCCCGCACACUGCGGGGGGAAUGGCCCCCACCCUCCGGGACUCACCGGGCGUGGAACGGCAAUUCUGGGAAAAUCCACGGUUCCAGAGCCUCCGGGACUCACCGGGCAUGGAACGGCAAUUACGGGAAAAUCCAUGGCCCCAGGAUGGCCUGCGCUCAACCUGCCGGGUCCGCUGCUCCCAGAAGCCCCCCCACCGCCCGCCCCCGGCCGGCAUCGCCUCUGCUUCUGGCCUCCUCUCACCGCACCCAGUAACCGGCGCAGGUGCAGGCGUUGGGGAGCGAGAGAGGGUGGCUCGAGGCGGGAGCCAGGGGCAGCGGGAAGAAGCAGGAAGACCCGGGGGAGGGGGCCGAGGAGGGGCAAGCAGCUUCCUGCUUCCUCCUCCCGCACACUGCAGAGGGAAUGGCCCCCACUGCCUCCUCCUCCCCGCACACUGCGGGGGGAAUGGCCCCCACUGCCUCCUCCUCCCCGCACACUGCGGGGGGAAUGGCCCCCAUAUUUUAAUGUAG